GCCGCAGCUGAUGAGAAGCAUGUUCAGCAUUAGCCCCCUGGAGAACCUGAAGCUCUACGUCAGCAGCCGGCCACCCUUGGUGGUUUUCAUGAUCAGUGUCAGCGCCAUGGCCAUUGCCUUUCUCACGCUGGGCUAUUUCUUCAAGAUCAAGGAGAUUAAGUCUCCAGAAAUGGCCGAGGAUUGGAAUACUUUUCUGCUGCGCUUUAAUGAUUUGGACUUGUGUGUAUCAGAAAACGAGACACUGAAGCAUCUCUCCAAUGACACCACCACCCCUGAGAGCACCAUGACCAUUGGGCAGGCCAGAUCAUCCACUCAGCCGCCCCAGGCCCUGGAGGAGUCAGGCCCCAUCAAUAUCUCAGUUGCCAUUACCUUGACCCUGGACCCUCUCAAGCCCUUUGGAGGGUACUCUCGAAACGUCACACACCUGUACUCCACCAUCCUUGGACAUCAGAUUGGACUCUCAGGCAGGGAAGCACAUGAAGAGAUCAACAUCACCUUCACCCUGCCUGCUGCCUGGAACGCUGAUGACUGUGCCCUCCAUGGCCACUGUGAGCAGGUGGUGUUCACAGCCUGCAUGACCCUCACAGCUGCCUCUGGAGUCUUCCCUGUCACUGUUCAGCCACCUCACUGUGUCCCCGACACAUACAGCAACGCCACACUCUGGUACAAGAUCUUCACAACUGCCAGAGAUGCCAACACAAAAUAUGCUCAAGACUACAAUCCUUUCUGGUGUUAUAAGGGCGCCAUCGGCAAAGUCUACCAUGCUUUAAAUCCCAAACUCACCGUUAUUGUUCCAGAUGACGACCGUUCAUUAAUAAACCUGCAUCUCAUGCACACCAGUUACUUUCUUUUCGUGAUGGUGAUAACGAUGUUUUGCUACGCAGUUAUCAAAGGCAGACCCAGCAAAUUGCGUCAGAACAAUCCUGAAUUUUGUCCUGAGAAGGUGGCUUUGGCUGAUGCCUAAUCCUACAGCUCUCCAUUUUCUGAGAGACCAAGAACCAUGAUCAUUGCCUGCUGAACCGGCCAGGGCCUGGCCACUCUGUGAAUACACGAUCUUGCAAUGUUGGGUUACUCCAGCCAAAGACAUUUCAAGUGCCUGUAACUGAUUUGUACAUAUUUAUAAACAUUGAUCUGGAAAUUGAUCCUGUGAUGCACGUGCUUUGCCCUGGAUGCAGCCUGAACCCGUCACCCUCACUGGGGGAAGGAGGUCCUUCUGUGUAGUGCUGGGGCAUGUGGGGCUCUUGCCCGAGCUGAGCAGGUCAUGUUCCAGUGCCAGUGGGCUGAUGUUUGCUGUGGUUCUUGUUUCAGCCUGAUGUGUUCAGUAUUGGAAGUGGUUUGCACCUUUGUUAGGAUACUGCAUUUCAGAAGCCACCAUUCCCUCCUGUGGCUCUUACAUGUCCGUGGCUUAAUGAUCAUAGUGACAGCAGAAAUACCUUUGUUUUCUAUUUGCUUGCAAGGAAGCUUUUUUUUUUUUUUUUAAAGAAAGAAUAGCCACAUUUUACUAUUCCUCUGUUUAGGGGAGACGUGUUCGUUUAUCCUAGGUAAAGGUUCCGCAUUAAAAGUCACUUAUGUAGUAAAGAUCAAAGUUUCAUUUUACACACUGGCAGCUAGGAACUUGGGUGUUCUGCCAUUGUCUGCUGCUGGUGGAGAAGUAGCUGUGCAGUAGAGGCACAGCGGGGCUAACUUUCACAAUGCAGGGCAUAUUACUCAGAGAAUGAAGGUUUGGUCUAACAGUCACAAACAGGAGGGCUUCCUUUUUUUUUUUUUUCUUUCUUUUUUUUUAAAGAUGUGUUUUCUUUUUAAAUUCUUUUUUGCACUCCUUUUUUGUCCAGCACACCUCUCCAGAAGGAAAUGGCUGUUGUGAGCUGUGUGAUGUGGAAGCGGUGCUGGUGGAGAGGUCUGAAAGAAGGCGUGAGGUGCUGAUGGCUGUUGACAGAGCAGCACCGGAAGCGUUUUUCACAGGAAAUUUUGAUCAUCUGGUUUCCCUAUCCCUUUGCCCGUUUCCAUUUAAAAAGCCAUCAUCUCUUCCACUUCCUGUUUUGUUUGUAUUUUCAGUUUUUCUAUCAACGCUUUGCCUUAACAGCUCCAAUGCAGUGUUCCAGACUUGCUGGGUGUAGGGAUGCAUGCACAUAUGCCCAGCACUUUGGAGGCUGAGGCAGAAGAAUCUCGAGCUCAAGACCAGCCUGGGCUCCAUACUGAUCCUCUAUCUCUCAAAGCAGUCAUUUUCUUUCUGGAGAUGUGUGUUGUACAAAAAUGAAUGCAAAUUUUUUUUUUGAAAAGAAAAUACAUCUCCAUUCCAAAAAAUGUCCAUCAGCACUUUAGUUCCGUAAACUAUAGGAACUAAAUAUAGAACUAGGUCUAUAGUCUGUCUCAAUUGGAGUUAACGUGAUGGAUUUUGAACCUUACUGGUCUAGAGAUUUUUUUCCAGGCAUUCUACAUGGAAAACAAUAGUUUGUUUCUAAAUUGAAGAUUAAUCACUGUAGUUAUAUGAUGCAUUAUUUUUUGCUUUUUAAACCAGUGGUGAGUUGCUUAUAAGUUGGCUAAUGUGUGAAUUUAAUUUAGUAGAGAUCCUUGUCAGGCAGGAUGAAGAAAAAGCCACGUGAUUUGGCUGAUAUACAUCUGUCAUCGGGACCAUAAGCUUCAGGUUAAGCUGCUGAAUAAUAAAACCCAGAGAAGCAGAGCCAGACAAAUGAGAAGAGUCACUUCCACUAGUCUGCUCAGCUCAGCUGUGUUCCUCUUAGUCACCCUUGUUAGUGACAGGCAGUGACUGGGAUCUGUUGGGGUGGGAGGGAGGAACACAAGGCUUGCAGAGAGGAAGUGCCAAAGUGCUUGGAACGUCACCCAUCCUGAGGCCAGAUACGUACUCCCAAACCCAGUAUUCACCGUAGCAGGCGGACAGGUGGAAGAUGGGUGGGGGAGGAGGGUGUGUGACUGUGUUUAGGGGCCUGGAGACACAUCUACAGAACUUGUUACUGUGGGUAGUUCCACACACGGCCUGGUCCUCAGCUGCUCCUUGCUAGUAAACCUCAGGAUUGGAAUAUAUCAGGCUGGGCCACUGGAGACUCCGACCCCAGCAGCUGGCUUAUCCUCAGGUGUCCUAGACUGGGGCUGCAGUCAGAAGUCAGUGACUUCCUGUGAAUGAUUGUUUCAGAUCAUAUUGAUCUCUUUCCUUUUGUCCUUUCACCAUACGGUAUGACUUGAAUCAGUUUUGAUUCUAUUUGUAAGUUCUCAUCAUUUGGAACCUGGUGUUUCUGUUGUGUUCUUGGCAGUGCAUAGGAACCCAGCCUCCUGUGUUUUGACCCUCCUGCAGGCACUGUGGGACUCGAGGGCAGCAGAUCCAUCUCCCGUCCCUUGCUGCAUGAUGGUCACUAGCUGAUCUGUGAUGGCGUCCCUCCCUUGUUGAUUUUCUGUGUUUGAAGUAUGUGCUAUAUGUGCUUUACAGAAUAAAGCAUCUGGGUUUA